AUUAUUCUUCCGAUUGGCUGAACUACAUGUAGCAUAGGUAAUGACAUCAUCGAGCUUAAAGACAAUGACCUCACUUUGUUUAUAAAUAAAAACUCUGUUACCUCCUUCUUCCUACGCAUUUCCCUCCGCCUACAACAAACUGUAUAAGAGUCCCCGGCACAAAUGAUCGGCAUUGCACUAUACACUGUUUUGUCAUUUGGAAGGAAAAUACUAACAACUGGCUAUCAUGUUUUCAGAAGCAGAGUGCGGAAUCUGUUACCGGACUUACAACGCCGGCUCGCGGUGUCCCCGUCUGCUCAGCUGCAAACACACAUUUUGUGAAAGAUGCCUGGUGACGCUCGUGCGGACAGCGGAGAGCAACGAACCUGGGACCCUGUGUCCGCUGUGCCGACACUUCACGUCGGUGUCAGAGGCGACGAUCAGAGAGAAGCUGCCGGUAGACGAGGACAUUCUGGAGCGGCUGGUAAAUGUGGCCUGCUUUGAUGAAUGCGCGUAUGACGAUGAGGACGAGGAGCCGAACGAGCACCCUUCCAACCAGCGUAAAGAAGAGAGUUUACCCACAACAGCACCGAGAGGACGCCUGGUGAGAUCCGUUAGACACCUCUGCAAAAAAAUUAUGGGAAACAGGCGAAGAAAUUGUAUGACUGACGAAGAUUUGAGGGACCUGGCAAUGAUGAGCUGUUACAUGACGUAAUUAAGGCGAAUCAGUGGAUCCAUGUGGGAAAAUGAUGUUGCACCUUUAAGAAGCUGCAUGCCACAUCAGAUUUGCUGUGGGCACAGGAGUGCUUUUUGCUGUUGGGGUUGACUCACCUUAACAACAGCCAUUUUUACAUUUUAAUAUCUCACACAAACAACAAAACUUUGUAGAACGUAUUUAUACAUUUCUUAAUGGUUAACAUGUACAACAUUACAUUAAAUGUAUGCUGAAUUAUUGUUUAUUAAUGCAGUUUUGCUGUUGCAAAAUUAUGGGCUUUAUUCUCAAGGAGUUGUGUACAUAUUGCUUGUAUUAAUUUAUAUAGGCUAUGCAAAAAUCCAAAAUAAAUGGUUCAUUUGAACUAUUAAUAUUUAAUAGAACUUUAUUAUUUUAAUCGGUUUAAUUUGAAAGAUUAAUUGAUUGUUGCAUUUGAAGAAAAACAAUAUACUGAAUAAAUGUUUUAGUUGUUAAACAAGUUACAUACUCUACAAUACUUUUUCUCAGAUUCUGCCCAGAUUUUCAGUAUGGAUAGUCAGUGCCAGUUUCCAGACUUGAUCAGUUAGUGUGUUUCUAUAUGAAACUUUCAAAAAGUCUGCAAGUGUAUGAUGUCUAGUAUAAAGGCUUGUAUGUGUAUUGCAGCCAUUACAUAAGUUACAUUA